AUGAGGAGACUGAGUUUGUGGUGGCUGCUAAGCAGGGUCUGUCUGCUGCUGCCGCCGCCCUGCGCGCUGGUGCUGGCCGGGGUACCCGGCUCCUCCUCGCACCCGCAGCCCUGCCAGAUCCUCAAGCGCAUCGGGCACGCGGUGAGGGUGGGCGCCGUUCACUUGCAGCCCUGGACCACAGCCCCACGCCUAACUAGCCGCACUCUGGACGGCAACAGGGCAGGUGCCCAGAGGGAUGAGCCAGAGUCAGGGACUUGGCGGCCGCAGGCGCCCUCGCAGGGCGCACGCUGGUUGGGGAGCACUUUGCAUGGCCGGGGACGGCCGAGCGCCCGAAAGCCAGGGGAGGGCGCCGGGGCCGAGACCCUGUGGCCGCGGGACGCCCUCCUGUUCGCCGUGGACAACCUGAACCGCGUGGAAGGUCUGCUGCCCUACAACCUGUCUUUGGAAGUAGUGAUGGCCAUCGAAGCGGGCCUGGGCGAUCUGCCGCUUUUGCCCUUCUCCUCCCCUAGCUCGCCAUGGAGCAGUGACCCUUUCUCCUUUCUGCAGAGCGUGUGCCACACUGUGGUGGUGCAAGGGGUAUCAGCGCUGCUGGCCUUUCCCCAGAGCCAGGGCGAGAUGAUGGAGCUCGACUUGGUCAGCUCGGUCCUGCACAUUCCAGUGAUCAGCAUCGUCCGCCACGAGUUUCCACGGGAGAGUCAGAAUCCCCUUCACCUACAACUGAGUUUAGAAAAUUCAUUAAGUUCUGAUGCUGAUGUCACUGUCUCAAUCCUGACCAUGAACAACUGGUACAAUUUUAGCUUGUUGCUGUGCCAGGAAGACUGGAACAUCACUGACUUCCUCCUCCUCACCCAGAACAAUUCCAAGUUCCACCUCGGGUCUAUCAUCAACAUCACGGCUAACCUCUCCUCCACCAAGGACCUCUUGAGCUUCCUGCAGGUCCAACUCGAGAGCGUUAAGAACAGCACACCCACAAUGGUGAUGUUUGGCUGCGACAUGGAGAGUAUCCGGCAGAUAUUUGAAAUUACCACCCAGUUCGGGGUAACACCCCUUGAGCUUCAUUGGGUGCUGGGAGAUUCCCAGAAUGUGGAGGAACUGAGGACAGAAGGUCUACCCUUAGGGCUCAUUGCUCAUGGAAAAACUACACAGUCAGUGUUUGAGCACUACGUGCAAGAUGCCAUGGAACUGGUCGCAAGAGCAGUAGCCACCGCCACCAUGAUCCAGCCAGAACUUGCUCUCCUUCCCAGCACGAUGAACUGCAUGGAAGUGAAAACUACAAAUCUCACUUCAGGACAAUAUUUAUCAAGGUUUCUAGCCAACACCACGUUCAGAGGCCUCAGUGGUUCCAUCAAAGUAAAAGGUUCCACCAUCAUCAGCUCAGAAAACAACUUUUUCAUCUGGAAUCUGCAACAUGACCCUAUGGAAAAGCCAAUGUGGACCCGCUUGGGCAGCUGGCAGGGCGGGAAGAUUGUCAUGGACUAUGGAAUAUGGCCAGAACAGGCCCAGCGGCAUAAAACCCACUUCCAGCAUCCAAGUAAGCUACACUUAAGAGUGGUUACCCUGAUUGAACACCCAUUUGUCUUCACAAGGGAAGUAGAUGAUGAAGGCUUGUGCCCUGCUGGCCAACUCUGUCUAGACCCUAUGACUAAUGACUCCUCCUUAUUGGACGGCCUAUUUAGUAGCCUCCAUAGCAGUAAUGAUACAGUGCCAAUCAAAUUCAAGAAGUGUUGCUAUGGAUAUUGCAUUGAUCUGCUGGAAAAGCUAGCAGAAGACAUGAACUUUGACUUUGACCUCUAUAUUGUUGGGGAUGGAAAGUAUGGAGCUUGGAAAAAUGGGCACUGGACUGGGCUGGUGGGUGAUCUCUUGAGUGGGACUGCCCACAUGGCAGUCACUUCCUUCAGCAUCAACACUGCACGGAGCCAGGUGAUUGAUUUCACUAGCCCUUUCUUCUCCACCAGCUUGGGCAUUUUAGUGAGGACCCGAGAUACAGCAGCUCCCAUUGGAGCCUUCAUGUGGCCACUCCACUGGACUAUGUGGCUGGGGAUUUUUGUGGCUCUGCAUAUCACUGCCAUCUUUCUCACUCUGUAUGAAUGGAAAAGUCCAUUUGGUAUGACUCCCAAGGGGCGGAACAGAAAUAAAGUCUUCUCCUUCUCUUCAGCCUUGAAUGUCUGUUAUGCCCUCUUGUUUGGUAGAACAGCAGCCAUCAAACCCCCAAAAUGCUGGACUGGAAGAUUUCUAAUGAACCUUUGGGCCAUUUUCUGUAUGUUUUGCCUUUCUACGUAUACAGCAAACUUGGCUGCUGUCAUGGUAGGUGAGAAGAUCUAUGAAGAGCUUUCUGGAAUACAUGACCCUAAGGGAACUUUCCACUCUCCAAACCUCAAAACCACUGCCUCCGCAGAGUCACAUGAGUCCAAUGUGAAAGUUGAUGAGCAAAUAGCAUCCAAAAUGUCAAUAGAUGCUGACUGUAAACUUCUAACCGUGGGGAAGCCGUUUGCCAUAGAAGGAUAUGGCAUUGGUCUUCCACCCAACUCUCCACUGACCUCCAAUAUAUCUGAGCUAAUCAGCCAAUAUAAGUCACAUGGGUUUAUGGACGUGCUACACGACAAGUGGUACAAGAUGGUUCCCUGUGGCAAGAGAACUUUCGCUGUCACUGAGACUUUGCAAAUGGGCAUCAAACAUUUCUCUGGACUCUUCGUGCUGCUGUGCAUUGGAUUUGGUCUGUCCAUCUUGACAACCAUUGGAGAGCACAUAGUGUACAGGCUGCUGUUACCACGAAUCAAAAACAAAUCCAAACUGCAAUAUUGGCUGCACACCAGUCAGAGAUUUCAUAGAGCAUUAAACACAUCAUUUGUAGAAGAAAAGCAACAGCGUUUCAAGACCAAACGUGUGGAAAAGAGGUCCAACAUAGGACCCCAUCAACUCAUGGUGUGGAAUACUUCCAAUCUGAGUCAUGACAACCAACGAAAAUACAUCUUUAGUGAUGAGGGAGGACAAAACCAGCUGGGUAUUCGGACCCACCAAGACAUCCCUCUCCCUCCAAGAAGAAGAGAGCUCCCUGCCUCACUGACCACCAAUGGGAAAGCCGACAACCUCAACGUAGCUCGGAAUUCAGUGAUGCAGGAACUCUCAGAGCUGGAGAAGCAGAUUCAGGUGAUCCGCCAGGAGCUACAGUUGGCUGUGAGCAGAAAAACGGAGCUGGAAGAGUAUCAAAGGACAAAUCGGACUUGUGAGUCCUAGGCGAUCAGGCUGCCCUCCUCCCCCAACUCCUGGCUUUCCUGAGCCCUUGAGAUACUUUGUAAUGCUCUUUUGUAAGGAUUGACAAAGGUGAGGGAAACCAAGAUCUAGGUCUUCUAGGGGUCAAGUCAGCUCUCCCCAGAUUAACAUGCGGCAGUGAUUCUUUUUCCAAACUCACCCCCUAGGUCUCCAGGGUAAAAAGCUUUUUCCUAGCAGGAGUCCAAAGUUAGGAGUAACCUCUGUAUAAGGGACCUGUGAACAAUCAGACAACCCCUAGCUCCUGUUAACCUUUCACCAGGUGCCACAAUAAUAUUCCCAGGUUUUAGCCCUUUCUCUGCACUAUCAACCAGAGAUAAAACUGUUACUCA